AUGGAAGCAAUCGCCGACGCUCUUGCACAAUCUGACUAUGAAAUAGUUUGUCUACAAGAGGUUUGGGUUUAUAGUAAUUUCGAGCUUAUCAGACAUAGAACGAAAAGGAGACUUCCAUAUGCUAAAUUCUAUCAUAGUGGAAUCGUUGGCGGAGGCUUAGUAAUUCUCUCACGUUAUCCGAUUCUAGAAGUAACACAUCAUCCAUAUCGUCUCAAUGGUCUACCAAUUAAAGUCACACAUGGGGAUUGGUAUUCUGGUAAAGGGGUGGCUAGUGCAUUGAUUGAUCAUCCUGUUGCGGGAGUAAUUGAAGUUUUUAAUACACAUACGCAUGCUGGAUAUGGAUCACAAAAAAAUGAUAUUUAUCUGGCACAUAGAGUUUCGCAGGCAUGGGAAAUUGCGAAUUUAUUAAAGAAUUCGGCAUCUCGUGGUCGAAAUGUCAUAGCGAUGGGUGAUUUUAAUAGCGAACCAGAUAGUAUAUUACACAAAUUAAUUGUGCAACAUGGUCAAGUGGCGGAUGCAUGGCAAGCUCAACAUCCCUCAACUCCUGCAAGCGCCACCAGUGGUUCCUCAAUGAAUACAUGGAGCAAAAAUUACUCGUCCAAGGAAUCAGCACUAAAUUCAGAUCUAGGUAAAAGGAUAGACUACGUUUUCUAUCGAAAAACAUCAAGAUUUUGGUGUACCGGAUCACGUGUAGUAUUCACAGACUUAAUACCAGAGCUAAAAUGUAGUUACUCUGAUCAUUUCGGUGUUGAGGCCACUUUUACAUUAGUCGGACGAGACAAAAAUUCCGUAAUUCCAUUAUCAAUUUGGGAACAGGCUGCCUACGAUAAUGUACAGGAAUUUGAACCACUUAUAUAUAAAACUAUAUUAACUCUUUUCAGACAAGAUACAGCAAAUGCGAUUUCCAAUGCACGAUUUCAAUUGACAUUAUUUUGGAUUUCAUGUUUGCUGGUGAUUUGUGGAAUAAUUAUUGAAUCGCUCAUUGCCGCAAACGUUUUAGAUGCUCUCUGGCUUAGUGUUAUAAUUCUGUUGAUUGUGACUGGAUUCGCAGUCUUUGGAACAAUUAUCGGCUUAAUUGGGUUCUUGUUUGGUAAUGCAGAAGAACGCGGAUUCAAACAUAUAAUUCAAGAAGUUGAGUCAUUUAUCGAAGGAAAAAAAGAGUACGAUAGUAGACGUGCUAGUGCAGUUACUCAAGAAGAUAAUUUUAGUAGUGAUCGAUCCGAGGGUUUUGGUCCAUUAGUUGAGAUUGAUGGUCGGAAUCAAAUAUAUUGA